AUGGCCCGGAAAAACAAAGUGGCCUACUUCUAUGACAGCGAGUUCCAAGAAUUCUAUUUUGGUCAGAACCACCCGAUGAAACCGCACCGGCUGGCUAUGACACACCAUCUGGUCCUAGGAUAUGGUCUUCACAAGAAAAUGGACGUAUUUCGUCCUCGCAAGGCCCACCCAGCUGAGCUUGCACAAUUUCAUAGCGAAGAUUAUGUGGAAUUCCUCUCGAAAGUUACACCGGACAGUGCUGCCAAGUAUGCUAAUCAACUCCGUCAGUACAACUUCAAUGAUGACUGUCCCGUCUUCGAUAAUAUGUUCAAGUUCUGCCAAUUGUACGCGGGGGCAUCAAUCGAGGGUGCCGUCAAGCUGAACCACGGCUUGUGUGAUAUUGCGAUUAACUGGUCGGGGGGCCUGCAUCAUGCUAAGAAGGGUGAGGCAUCUGGCUUUUGUUACGUGAACGACCUGGUGCUUGCAAUCCUUGAGCUCCUCAAGUACCACGCAAGAGUUCUGUACAUUGAUAUCGAUGUUCACCAUGGUGAUGGCGUGGAGGAGGCGUUCUACCUCACGGAUCGGGUGAUGACCGUUUCCUUUCACAAGUACGGCGACUACUUCUUCCCCGGAACUGGUGAUCUCACGGACACGGGCGAGCUGAACGGCAAGUACUACAGCCUCAACGUGCCCUUGAAGGACGGCACCAACGACGAGACGUUCCACGCGCUGUUUAAGCCCAUCAUGCGCCGGGUGAUGGAGGUGUUUCAGCCGGGGGCUAUUGUGAUGCAGUGCGGCGCCGACUCGCUCGCGCAUGACCGGCUGGGUUGCUUCAACAUGUCGCUGCGGGGCCACGGCGAGGCGAUUCGCUUUAUGAAGGAGUUUGGUGUGCCGCUUCUCAUCACGGGUGGGGGUGGCUACACCAAGCACAAUGUGGCACGAUGCUGGACAUACGAGACAGCCAUCCUCACAGACACGCAGGUUCCGGAGCAGCUCCCGCGCUCCGACUACCAUGAGUAUUUUGCGCCAGACUUCUCACUAAACGUCUCCGCGCAUAAGGUGAUGGACGACAACAACACGAAGGCGGACAUUGAGCGCAUCCGGCGGGAGGUGCUCGAGUACCUGCGGCACCUGCAGCACGCGCCGGGGGUCCAGAUGCAGGAGGUGCCGCCUGACUGCCGGGUGCCGAGGUGGGAUGAAUCCUGGGGGGGAUGGCCUGACUGCCGGCGUAGGAGGAGCCCUGGCAGGAUGGCUGGGUGGGGCAGGGUGGCUGGGCCAUAA